CAAUUUGGUUGAACUACUGAUUUGGUCAGGCUUUGUCUUAAGUCUUGCAUAAGUCUUAUUGUUUACAAGUUUAUUAUUAUUUGAUAAUUACAAAAGCCAGAAGCAUGAUUAAUUAUGUUUAGGAUCUUAUGGGGUGUGCUGGUUUUGCUUGCCAGUUUGUCAUUUGCAGUCGUCAGCUACGGUUCUUGGGAAACAUACAGACACCCGACAGUAACAACCACUGUUGCCACUACACGUUAUGACUGUUUCAAAUUCCCCUUUCCUUCUUUCACAAUAUGUGACACAAGCAGAGUUGACUGGCAACGAGCACUGAAAUUGACAGAAAGAGACGUCCCAUAUCGGGGAAACAUUACUAUGGACAAAGUACUAGUGUUAUUAAGAUCAUUAGCAGACAUUACAUUUGGAGAUUUUGACUUUUUGGCAAAUAUUGAAAAUGCAAAUUUGAACCCUAGAGACUUCAGAGGAAUUAAUAUUAAAGAACUUCUUCAAAAGGUUCAGAGGCCUUGCACUGAGGUGUUCCAUGGCCAGUGCUGGUGGAGAGAAGCAUUCUAUAACUGCUGCUCACUGUUUGAAAAACAACGGACUGACCUUGGGUUUUGCUACUCUUUCAACAAUGACCUAUCAGAGCGUGGCCAGUAUUAUUCACGAGGCUAUGGGAAACGUAAAGGAUCCAACUACUGGGUGGAUUGGAACAAUGAGAUCCGACCCCGCAGAGCCUCCACGUUCGGCCCUUGGUCUGGUCUGCGAGUGACUAUUGAAGUGAUGUCAGACAAACAGAUACCUACGGGAACCAACAUCACACCCGGCGUCAUGUUUUAUCUGGAACAAUCACGGGGUUUUCCAAACAGUGAAAAUCAACGAGUUGACCCAGCCUCAUUUGUUGAUAUUCGAACAUAUGGUAUUAUGAAGCAAGCAUCGAAACGAGUACAGGCUGUAGACUUUGAGGACCGACGUUGUUUGUUUCUGGAUGAUAGAGUUGGAAUAAACGGAGUGUACACUGAACACAACUGCCUAGUGGAGUGUCAGCGAGAUUACGUCAUGAAGUACUGCAACUGCAGUUCUGACUUUCUCUUUAUAGAAGAUGACGCAACCAAGUAUCCCCCAUGUGAUGUUUCGGGCCUCAACUGCCUCAACAAAUACAACUUGGUGUUUAAUUCUCGUGUACCUACAUCAUCUCAAGAAUUUUUUAAAACUCAGAAAGAGGGCAUGGCUUGUGAUUGUCCACCAGAUUGUAACAGCCAACAGUUUAUGUUUGAUUCAUCAAUAUCACAAACUCAAAACUUUUCUCACAUUGGGUUCGAUAUUCACUACAAGGGGCAGUACAACCUUCUUUAUUUGUCGGAUGUGACGUAUGGCCCAGUGGAGUUCAUUGGGUUUAAAAGAAGGUUUUUGCUAUCUAAGAAUUGUUUUAUAAUGGAGAGACUGGCCAAUGAUGAUGCCUCAAUACUUUCUUUUGAAUUUCCACAAAUGGUAAUAUUAGUAUCAUCAGCAUACAAACAGGCCGCCCCGCCCACAGGCAUCAAGUCCGGCAGACCCCUCAAGUAUAUUAGGAACAAGAGGGGCCCCAACACCGACCCCUGCGGAACUCCAUGGCGGACCAUCUGCAUCUGUGAAUUAAACUUUUGGAUGUAAUUAUAUUUACUUGAGAAAUCUGAUUUAUAAUGUUCUAUCUCAACAUAUUGUUGCCUAAGAAAUAGGUAGGAUUUAAACCAAUUUAAUUCUUUGUCAUGAAUACCUAAUUUUGAUAAAGUGUCGAUAAGAUUUUCAUGCGAUACACUAUCAAAUGCCCUUGUUAAAUCAAGAAAAAUGCCAAUUACUUUUUCUCUCUUAUCCACUGCAUUUAUUAUACUUUCAAUAAAUUCAAUAACUGCAGUGACUGUCGAUUACCAGCCAUAGCAAUCAUAGGCUCUCAAACUUUUAAGACCAGAGAUCAGAGUAUGUAUCUGCUUCUCUGAGAUGGGAUUCCCAGAUUUAGGGUACUUGCGGCCCUAGGCCAAAUUACUU